UUUCAAGCAUCGAUGUUAUUUGAGAAUUUGGCAUUAGGGAUGACUGCAACAUUGCAUGACUUUGGCCCACACCUUAACCUGUCAUGAAUUACAAAGAAACAAUACACAUUAGGUGAGCGCAAUGUACAAUGUACAGUUUAUGCAGGAGAUUGCUCAAUGCGCCCAUGCCGUUUAAAAUGGAGCAACCUGCGUUGAAAAGGACAGAUUAUGCGUCGUGGGCAAGGGAUGCUCCUUUCUCUCAUUGACAUAUAAUCCUGUCUCCGUCAGCGGAGACGUGCUGACUGAGCAUGCUCCUCAUAGAUAUCCCACGGGGACGCGAUUAACACAAAUAAAGGAUUUCACCGUUCGUCGGCACUAACAGAAUGACAUGCUGACAGGGCUGGAUUCUCACAUUUGUAUUCAUAUUUUUUAUCAUUUGGACUUAAAUCAUCUUCGGUAGCGAGAAAACACAAAAACGAAUAUUUCGUGUGAAGUCUUACGACGUUUACGCUAGGGAUAGGGUGUUCAACACAAGGUCCAGACAUAUUGGAUAUAUCUUUCGGGUUUUAUUACUUUCUGUUUACAGCUCCACAAGAUUUAGAGGAACUUCAGUUGUCUUAACUGUUGGUCUUUCAAAUAUUUGCAUGGACUCCAGACUGAAAUACAAACUCUGUCAAACUUCUGCAAGGGGGAAAAAAAGCAAGAUUUUUGUGGUCAGAGAAAUGAGAAACUAGUCAAUGGAGUCUUGGUUCUCUCCGUCAUUAGACCUUAUGGAGUGUGUCCAUCUAUCCUAAAUCUGCUGCAUAUGAAGUGUGCUUACUUGAUAAAUGCCUGAGGUGGAUUCGUUCAUGCCAGAAUGCAGAACGACUGUGUGUCUUCCAACAUGUCAGCUCAAAGUCUGAACUUUGAUCAAGGGAAUGCCGCUUUGCAAUGCCCAAACACAUUCACAGUGGAAGCUGAUGUCAUCUUUCACGCAGCAAGUCCUGACUCUCCUGGUACAUCAAUCCCAUCCAUGGAAAGAAAUCAGGGAGUUUCUGAAGCAGCCAAUACACCAGCCUCUGAUAUGGAAUUACUGCGAGAGGACCCAAGUUUGCAUCAACAAUGGACAGAAUGGGACACAAAUGUGCCAGAGGAUCGGAUGGGUAGCUCAGUGAAAGGCUUAUCUGUUGGAGACUAUAUGCUGGACGGUGGGUCCCGAGACAGUGGUUUUCAGGAUCAUGUUCAGCCACUGGACACAUCUAAAGCACAAGAGCUCGACCACCACAAUUCUCUCCACAAAAACGGAAUGAAAGAGGAGAGCAAUGGUGCCAGGCCAAAGGUUCCCUGCAGCCUUGGCCCCUGCUUCAACAGUGAGACCAAAGACGAGCUAGACAACUCCUCCCUGUUUGGUGAUGGCAAUGCUGUGAGAAGCCACUAUCAGAUGCAGAAUGUUCGCUCUGUUUCAGAGGAGCCACAGCUGACAUCACGUGACCUGGGCAAUAUGAUAAACAUGUCACAUCUCACACAGAACAAUAGUGUGCACCCAGGGCUGACAGAGGGCAGCACAGGAAGUGUCAAAGGAGCCCCUUCAUCGAGGGAAGACCCCGACUUAGUCAUUGAAGUGGGCGGGCAAAAGAUCCAAGCACAUAAAUCGGUUUUAGCCGAGAAAAGCGACUAUUUCAAGGCCCGUCUCUCCCGGGAUGUUCUGAAAGUGAAAGGCGUCAACUACAAGACUUUGUCUACUUUGAUAGACUAUAUUUACACGUCGCAGAUGAAUGUAAGUAAGGACAAUGUGGUGGAUGUUAUUACUGGAGCCAAGGUCCUACAGAUCCCAUGUGCUGUGCAAGCGGCAAUGGAUUCAAUGUCACAACAGAUCAGCACUGAGAACUGCUAUGAGAUUUUAAGCAUAGCUAAGAAGCAAAGACUGAGCGAGCUGAAGGAGACAGCCUAUCGGUUCAUGAGUGAUAAUUUUCUGAAAGUGCUGAAGGACCCUGCUGUCUACGGCCGCUUGACGGGAUCGGAGAGGGAUCUCAUCCUGAAAACGAGAAUGGAGGGUAAGAAGUCUCUUAUGGUGGCCGAGAUUAACGACGUCUUUGACCGUGUCGGCAGCCGUCCACAGAGUCGGAAUAAUAGCCGCCCGCAGAGUCCUCUGUCUGUGGCCUCCUUUGAAGAAAAUCACAUGAUCUAUUAUUACAGUGAAACCACAAAAGACUGGCGGGUGCUGACUCUGAUGCCUGAGGAAAUAAAUACAAAGGGCUGUGGAAUUUGCACAAUGUACAACUACCUUUUCGUGGCUGGGGGCAUCAAGGGGUAUGGUGACAAAGGAAAAGUCUCUGAUAAGGUGUUCUGCUACAACCCCAUCACCGAUCGCUGGAGUGAGGUGCGUCCCAUGAUUCAAGCACGCUCGCAGCUCAAGCUGGUUUCUGUGGAUGGCUACCUGUAUGCUAUUGGUGGUGAGUGCUUAUUCACUGUGGAAAAAUAUGACCCCCGGAUGGAUAGGUGGACCACUGUGGCAUCCCUGCCCAAAGGAGCCUUUGCUGUGGCCCAUGAGGCCGUCACCUGCAAUGGAGAGCUGUAUGUGUCCGGAGGCUCUCUCUUCUACCGCCUCCUGAGGUACGACCCCAAGCGGGACGAAUGGCAAGAAUGCCCUUACAACAACAGUAGGAAGAGGUCCACAGACAUGGUGGCACUCAAGAGCUUCAUCUACAGAUUUGACAUCAACAGGGAGCAGGGUGUAAAUGUCUUCAAGUACAACACCAUCGUGAAGAUGUGGCACGACUGCUCAUCUCUGGAGCAGACCAUCCCCCAGCCCUUCAGGUGUGCCGUCAUUGGUAACUGCAUCUACUGUGUCAACAAGUCCCAGACUCUGCAGUUUGUUGUGGAGGAGGAAAGUGCACAAUUCGCGGAGGACCAGCUGAAAGCACCAGUCGAGGCGAAGGGAAUAUUGUUUCCAUUCAUCUUGAGUUUGCCCGACCGGGGAGAAAGAAACAUGUAAUUAGACCAUUUCUCUUCAACAGAUCUCAAAACUGACAACAAAAAAAGAAACUGGAAUGGAGAAUGUGGGAUAAAGCAUGAUUAAAUAAUUUAAGCUUUACUUUUCGUGGAGUUUGACAUGCCCGGUUUAACUGCUCGAAAAUAGAAUGUCUCUUUGCAUGGUGGGAGGAAAAUGUUUUACAAGGGCGCCUUAAAAAGGACAAUGUUUUGUAACAAAGUAAAGAAGCAACAUCACUUAUAUAGCUCUUUUACUAUUUUGUUUUCCUGUGUUAUGUCUGUUGUGUGCACUUUUGUGAUUUUUGUGAUUGUUGUUCAAAUAGAUGUUUUCAAAACAUUGUAUUGGUAUUGGCAAGAAACCAGAAGCCAUUGCCUAGUGUUAAAGAUAGCACAUCAGAACAGUCAUGCCCAUCCAUUGUGAAAACACAGGUCCUAUGCAAAUGUGAAGGUGCAGUCUGCAAUUCUAAUCCCAUACACUUUUUUCAAAUUCAGCAAAUUGCUCCUCUUGGUUUUCUAGCUGUCCAUUCAGUGUGUGCACACAAAAAAAACUCCAUAAACAAUCAAAGCCAAUCCACACAGUGCUUCAGGAGCAUGGAAGGGAGGGGUGUUAUCCGAUUGGCUGUUGAGCUUUCACAAAACCGAAUCGUGGACUGCAUCUUUAAUUGUUUAGGUUUAUGAUCAAGUACAAUACAUUAAAGUCCUCUUCCAACAAAAGACAAUGAUUAUAAUGUUAGAGGUAAUGAAUUUACUAUGAAGGACAAUAAAACCUUUCAAAAACAUUACCACAAAACAAAUGCAAAUGCUGAUAACAUUGAGUUAAACAAAAAGGCAUACCUAUUCUUAUCCACAAUUGUUAUCUCAAAAUAUCUCAAAUAUAGAUUCAAAUAUGCUAGUUGUGAGCACAAUGUACUUGAUUGUUCAUGUACUAUGGACCGUUUUAGGUUAUAUAUAUUUCAUAAGUGACAAUGACGACUAAUUAGAAUAUGUAGUCAAAGGGACCAUCACCCCUGGUCCCUUUUUAGUGUAAUCUCAAAACAUUGCCAAAGACAAACAGCUUAAAUACGGAGGUUUUUGCUGACAGUGGGUGGCUUAUGAGUAGAGUCAUUCUGAAGAACAUUGGUAGGUUUCCUCUGACGUGAGUGCACUCAGUAUUCAGACAGUGAGGCAGGCAAGCAAGACAAAAACAAUGACAUCUCGGCAUAUGAUACUGCCUAGGCAAGAACACGCCGCUAAUCAGGUUGGUACCACUUGCUGCUAUUGUGCGGAGCAGAACAGACCCCGAUAGUGGUGGCAGUGUGUUGCCAUAGCGACUGUCAGAACAUGGUCAACUGCUAGACAGAGGGGCUUUUAUAUGAAGAAUGUGAACUGGGCUAGCACGUGGUCUGCUUUUUUCCAUCGAUGUAUCGGGUUGAACUUUCCCUGCCUUUGUCAAUUUAAGAGACACUUCCCUGGUCAGGAAUAGGAUCACUGAGCGCUAAGAUAGAAGAGACAAACCAUAGCCUACAUAUAACACAGUUUUUGUUUGCGUUAUUUUGCAGUUAGUAAUAACAGAAUGUUUACUUUUGACCUACAACUCCACACAAACUGGAAUCUUUAUGGUAGGCUUUACUUCGAAAUGCAUCUCGUGGCAUAGACGUUAUCCAUAGCGUAUCAACAGCACUUCCCAUCACUCUUCUGACAGAUUUAUAUUGUAUUGUGUUUGUAUGCCAAAUCCCUUUGAACUUGUUGCACUUAAGAAUGGAAUACCAUUAGCGGUCAACCGUUUUCCCUCCCUAUAAGUUGUCUGUUUUGAAAUAUUAAUAAGACUUUGAUGAUGUCUUCAGAGCAACUGAAGUGCCGAGGGACAAAAUGUAAUACAGCAUGUAAAAGUCUCUGAAAAAGCCGUUUUGAUGACAUUGACGACAUGGAUGUGGUUUGCUAAAUGUAUUUGUUUGGUAUGUUGCUGGCUGGCUGGCUUCAUUAUAUCACAAGACUUUAUUUGGGGAGUGAAUUUUGGUGUGCUGUUGAAGUGAAUGGCUUGACAAGGUUUUAAUUUUGUGGUCCAAGGCUUUCUAACAAACUAAUGUUACUCUAACUGCUAAAUGACCCAUUUCGAUGAUAAAUCAGAACAGAGAAUAAAAUAUUCAAAAUGAAA